CCCAAGUCGCCAAACCCAGAUCCAGGCCCAGAUAUUUCUAAAUUCUCAAACUGACAAAAAAAAAAAAAAAAAAAAAAAAAACUGUGUCCUAGCUCUAUCUGCUCAGUAGAGUCGGUUCUCUCUCGAAUUAGGGAUUUUCAUUUAUUUGGAAGGAGCAAACCCUAGAGGAGGACUCAACCUGAGUUUAUCCACCUGAUCGCGAAAGAAUGGCGACUUUGGCUGAUUCUUUCCUAGCUGACCUGGAUGAGUUAUCUGACAAUGAAGCUGAUAUUAUUGAGGAGGAUGAGGUCGAUGCCUCAAACAUGGAAGAGGACAUCGAUGGUGACAUGGCAGAUAUAGAAGCGCUUAACUAUGAUGACCUGGACAAUGUUUCAAAAUUGCAGAAAACUCAGAGAUAUACUGAUAUAAUGCAGAAAGUUGAAGAUGCACUUCAGAAGGGUUCUGAUACAUCAGAUCAUGGAUUGGUAUUAGAAGAUGAUCCAGAAUACCAGCUGAUAGUAGAUUGCAAUGCAUUAUCGGUCGAUAUUGAGAAUGAAAUUGUUAUCAUCCACAAUUUCAUUCGUGACAAGUAUCGCUUGAAAUUUCCAGAGCUCGAAUCUCUUGUGCAUCACCCAAUUGAUUAUGCCCGUGUUGUGAAAAAGAUUGGCAAUGAGAUGGAUUUAACCCUUGUUGAUCUGGAGGGGCUUUUACCCUCAGCUAUUAUUAUGGUGGUUUCAGUUACAGCGUCAACCACUAGUGGUAAGCCACUCCCAGAAGAGGUCCUCCAAAAGACAAUUGAUGCAUGCAAUCGAGCUCUUACUCUUGAUUCAGCGAAGAAGAAGGUCCUUGAUUUUGUAGAAAGUAGAAUGGGAUAUAUUGCGCCAAAUCUAUCUGCAAUUGUUGGAAGUGCGGUUGCAGCAAAACUUAUGGGAACUGCAGGCGGUCUCUCAGCAUUAGCUAAGAUGCCUGCUUGUAAUGUUCAGCUUCUUGGUGCCAAGAAAAAGAAUCUUGCAGGAUUUUCUACUGCAACAUCACAAUUCCGUGUUGGUUAUCUUGAGCAGACAGAGAUUUUUCAAACCACCCCCCCUUCUUUGAGGAUGCGUGCAUGUCGGCUCUUGGCUGCAAAAUCAACCCUUGCUGCACGUGUAGAUUCUACUAGAGGAGAUCCUUCUGGAACUGCUGGAAGAGCAUUUAGGGAAGAGAUUCGCAAGAAGAUUGAAAAAUGGCAAGAGCCUCCUCCGGCAAAGCAACCUAAACCACUUCCAGUUCCAGAUUCAGAACCCAAAAAGAAGAGAGGUGGUCGUCGGUUAAGGAAGAUGAAGGAAAGAUAUGCAGUAACAGAUAUGAGGAAGCUGGCUAACAGGAUGUUAUUUGGUGUGCCUGAAGAGAGUUCCUUAGGUGAUGGGCUGGGGGAGGGUUAUGGAAUGCUUGGGCAGGCUGGGAGUGGCAAACUCCGUGUUUCAGUUGGGCAGAGCAAACUUGCUGCAAAAGUUGCAAAGAAGUUUAAGGAAAAGAAUUAUGGAAGCAGUGGUGCUACUUCUGGACUGACAUCAAGUCUGGCAUUUACUCCUGUGCAGGGGAUUGAGCUUACAAAUCCGCAGGCUCAUGCACACCAACUUGGCAGUGGAACUCAAAGUACGUACUUCUCAGAGACGGGAACAUUUUCAAAAAUCAAGCGGAACUAAAUCAUAAAUGAACUUGCUUAUAUUAUAUAUGCUCAUAAGUUUGAAAUUGUUUGCAAAGCUAAUGACUUUAGUCUGCGGAAAUCAUGUAUAUAUAUCUGAAAAGAAUGUGAGACUACUAGCUUAGUAUUGUUGAUUAUGCUUCAACGUGCCCAGAAAUCCUUGCAUAUGCAAACUGUCUUUGGUGGUAUUGUAUCAGUUUUGAAGCUUCUGUUGUCUGUGCUUCCCAAUUUCUUUGGGGAUUGAUUUCCUUUAGUAGCCUGUAUGAAUUGUUAA